ACAAAUUACUCUGUGUAUGUGUGUGUAUGACUAGUAAAGGAAAAGAAUCAGAUUUUGCUGAGCCCAAGCCAUGGGCCAGGGCUUAGCCAGCCCAAGUGCAGCAGAUGCUACCCAGAGCAGCAGAUAGCACUCAGCCCAUUGUACAGAAGAAGAAAUUGUUGUAGAGAAACAAAGGUCUUCCCAAAGUUUUGGGAAAUGCAAAUGGCAGAACAGGAGCUUGACCUCAGUGCCCAUGACUCCAGAGUCCUGGCUCUCUUCAAGAUCCUCACAGCAGCAGCUGACUGUUCUCUCACCAGAUCUGGUUUCCCACCAGGGGUCUGCUUCUUGGAACAAACUGUCUGGUACCAGUCCUUCUCCAGACCCAGGUGCUUCCAGCCUCCAUCAAGGUUGGACUCCCCCAGAACACCAAAAUAUGUACCCGCAUUUCUACUUAUGAAGGGAGGUGGUGAGGAAGGUCACUUUCUCCAUCUUCUCUGGUCACAGCCAGGUUUCCCUGAGGCAAGAAUUGUGGUUACAUGUGAGCCACCACUAGGAUUGAAUUUCAGCCACUUGGUUACCUGGCUCUGCUUUGCUGGGCUCAAGCCCUAACAAGCCCAGAUGGAGACAAGCCUCUGUGGGGAUUAGGCUGGAUACAUGCCCCCAUGCUGAGACUGUCUUUCAGCUCAGGGAUGCCAAGUCCUAGGGCUACAGAGGUGCUGCCCAGAUCUGUCCCCAAGGGCCUUCUCAGAUUCCUCCCCCCUCCACCAGAGGACUUGGGACAGCAUUCCCAAGCACUAAAAUAGUGCCUGUUCCACAGUGGACAUGGAGUAUUCCAGAAUUUCCACACAGCGGGGACUUGGGUGAGUCUAGAUGAAAGGUCAGUGACCUGCCCUGAGGCUGCAUUUGUAUCACAGGCACCCCACUUUACUUGGGUUAUUUUGGAGGUGCUGCUAGAGAUUGUGGGAAUCAAAGCCUCUGACAAGCUAUCGUCGAUGCCAUCACUGGCAUUCAGGGGAGAGAAUCCAGGUGUCUGUCUGUGCUACCCACAGUCAGUGCAGAGGACUUUGCCUGGAAUCCCAGGAGGGAGGAGGGAGAAAGGAGGAGGGAGGGGGAAAGAGAGUCUGGGAAAGAAGAGGGAAGUGGAGGCCCUGGAGCUGUGAGGGGGGUGUCAUUGGUAUUCUGGGCGCUGAGGAGUCCCCAGCGGCUGGGCAGCACUCACGGACCACCCCCUGGCACCAGGCUGCACAUUCAUCAGCGAGCUCUGGCCAGUGGGCCCUCUGGGCUCCCAGCAACGCCUGCACUUUGCACAUUGGUUUGCAUGAGCAGUAAUGUUCAUUCACGGUGCCACUUCCCACCCCCACCCCCAUGUCUAGAGUUCCUGACUUGCUUUGCUUAACCCAUGAAUCUGCUCUCUAACCUCCAUCCCUCCAGCUGCAAAGUCAGCUCGUCCUCUGUGCAGGGAGUAGGAGCACCACAGGAGACAAAAUCCAAUCAGAGCUUCCUCCAGGGAGGUGGCUAAGGUCAUUUGCACCUCAUCCUGCCUCCAAAUAAGAGAUUCCCUCCCCCGUUUUUAUAUAUGUGUGGUAUCUCUCCAGGAGCAAAGCCUCCUUCCCAUUCUCCUUCCAUCCUUUUCCCCACUAAGUCUGAGUCCCUCCUCCUUUCCCUUGACUAAGGGGAAGUCCCUCCGACUAUCUAACUUCCAUCCCUCCAGCUACAACAUCAUCCUCUAGCUCGGCGAGCUCUCCCUGCCCGCCCCUUCUGCCCUCCCUCCCUUCUCCAAGUCUUCGGCUUCUCAUCCCCAGGACGAUGUCCUACUUCGCUCGUCCUUGCUCUCACGGCUGCCGCCGCCGGGAACCGACGCAGAAGAGGCAGCAGUCCCCGCCGCAGUCUCGGCUGCAGCUGCAGGACCCAGCAGUGGACCCGGAGGAGACCCCCGGAGGAGGAGGCAAACUUCGCAGUGCUGAGCCCCCAUCCUGGUCCUCGGCCGCCCGCGGGUAGUUUGACCCGCAGCACCUUUGAGUCCGCGGGAUGAUGGGAACGCCCCUCUUGGUCCUCACAUCUUCACUGCUGCGCGCUCCAGUCCCAGCACCGCCGCCGAGAUUUCCGGUCUUGCCUUGGGCAGGGCGGUGGCAGUUCGAGGUUCAGCCCCCGGCUCUGUACCUAUUCUGCGGGCAUCACCGCUGGAGGAGCUGCGUCCCUCCAUCAGCUUGCAUCAUGGCCCCGCUGUUCCUGCCCCUGCUGGCCGCUCUGGCUCUGGCCCAGGUCCCUGCAGCCUUGGCUGAUGCUCUGGAGGGGGACAGCUCAGAGGACCGGGCCUUCAGUGUGCGCAUCGCGGGCGACGCGCCGCUGCAGGGCGUUCUGGGCGGCGCCCUCACCAUCCCGUGCCACGUUCACUACCUGCGGCCGCCGCCGAGCCGCCGGGCGGCGCUGGGCUCCCCGCGGGUCAAGUGGACCUUCCUGUCCGGCGGCCGGGAGGCCGAGGUGCUGGUGGCGCGGGGUCUGCGCGUCAAGGUGAGCGAGGCCUACCGGUUCCGCGUGGCACUGCCUGCCUACCCGGCGUCACUCACCGAUGUCUCCCUGGCGCUGAGCGAGCUGCGGCCCAACGACUCAGGAAUCUACCGCUGCGAGGUCCAGCACGGCAUAGAUGACAGCAGCGACGCUGUGGAGGUCAAGGUCAAAGGGGUCGUCUUUCUCUACCGGGAGGGCUCUGCCCGCUACGCUUUCUCCUUUGCUGGGGCCCAGGAGGCCUGUGCCCGCAUCGGAGCCCGCAUUGCCACCCCGGAACAGCUCUACGCCGCCUACCUUGGGGGAUAUGAACAGUGCGAUGCUGGCUGGUUGUCUGACCAGACCGUGAGAUAUCCCAUCCAGACCCCACGAGAGGCUUGUUAUGGAGACAUGGAUGGCUUCCCCGGAGUCCGGAACUAUGGAGUGGUGGACCCAGAUGACCUCUAUGAUGUCUACUGUUAUGCUGAAGAACUAAAUGGAGAGCUGUUCCUGGGUGCCCCUCCAGACAAACUGACGCUGGAGGAGGCACGGGCGUAUUGCCAGGAGCGGGGUGCCGAGAUUGCUACCACAGGCCAGCUGUAUGCAGCCUGGGAUGGUGGCCUGGACCGCUGCAGCCCAGGCUGGCUGGCCGAUGGCAGUGUGCGCUACCCCAUCGUCACACCCAGCCAGCGCUGCGGUGGGGGCCUCCCUGGGGUCAAGACUCUCUUCCUCUUCCCUAACCAGACUGGCUUCCCCAACAAGCAUAGCCGCUUCAACGUCUACUGCUUCCGAGACUCUGCCCAGCCCUCUGCCAUCCCUGAGGCCUCCAACCCAGCCUCUGAUCUGGCUUCUGAUGCACUGGAAGCCAUUGUCACAGUGACAGAGACCCUGGAGGAACUGCAGCUGCCUCAGGAAGCUGUGGAGAGUGAGUCUCGAGGAGCCAUCUACUCCAUUCCCAUCGUGGAGGAUGGAGGAGGUGGAAGCUCCACUCCAGAAGACCCAGCAGAGGCCCCUAGGACCCUCCUAGAAUUCGAAACCCAAUCUAUUGUACCUCCCCUGGGGUCCUCAGAAGAGGAAGGCAAGGUGUUGGAGGAAGAAGAGGAAUACAAAGAUGAUGAAGAGAAAGAAGAGGAAGAAGAAGAGGAGGAGGUGGAAGAUGAGGCCCUGUGGGCCUGGCCCAGCGAGCUCAGCAGCCUGGACCUAGAGGCCCUUCUCCCCACUGAGCUGGCCCUAGAGGAGUCAGUCUCCCAGGCAUCCCCACCAGCAAGGGCAGUCCUACAGCCUGGUGCAUCACCAGCUUCCUAUGGAGAGCCAGAGUCUCCCAGACCUCCAAGUGUCCUUGGACCACCCGCUGAGACUCAGCCCACGCCCAGGGAGGGGAACAUGGCAUCCCCACCACCAUCUACUCCAGUUGGGAAGAGAGAUAUGGGGGAGGAGCCUGGGGGUCCUGAGCUGUCUGGGGUCCCCCGAGGAGAGAGCGAGGAGACAGGGAGCUCCGAGGAUGCCCCUUCCUUGCUUCCAGUCACACGGGCCCCUGAGGGUACUAGGGAGCUGGAGACCCCCUCUGAAGAGAAUUCUGGAAGAACUGUCCCAGCAGGGACUUCAGUGCCGGUCCAGCCGGUGCUGCCCACUGACAGCGCCAGCCGUGGUGGAGUGGCCGUGGCUCCCUCAUCAGGUAACUUUGCCCAAGGCUCAACCUCCUUCUUUAGCCUCCUCCUCUUUCUCCCCCUACAACUCUGGAUCACCUGACCUAUUGUCCUUUAACCCACCAUUGCCCCAGACUCUCCUGUCCUUUGCCUCCAUUCUCCUACCCACCUCUACCUAUGGGCUUCCAAUCUUGGAUACCCCACCUUGUGACUUCCAUCCCAGCUCUGAUUCCUCAUCCUGGAAUACCCAACUCCAUGAGUGCUACCCUGUGACCCUCUCCCUGUUUCCAAAGUCCUCACCCUGUGACCCCAGCCCUACCACUGACCAUCUGGGAGUUUUUCCUACCCUCAGCUCUCUACUUGUGACUCACAUCUCACUGGGCCCCAGAGCACCCUCAUGCCUUGUUACAUGGAUACCCCAGUCCCCCUACUGCACUCUUCAGGGCACAGGCCCAUCCCUGACUGCUCAUUCCCCUUCCUGUGUGCUGUCCCCCCUUCAGCUGCCUCCCACUGAUAUCAGGGAAGCCUGGGAUCCCAUCCCCAUCCCUCAACCUUUGGGGUUCAGGAGAGCCCUUAUUCCCACAGAGCCUUAAGUGAUUACUUCUGUGAAGUAUUUUUUGACUGUUUCAUGGAAACAAGCCUUGGAAAUAAAUCUCUAUUAAACUGCUUUAUAACC